AUUUAUGGAUUUGAAAAAUGAUGGCUUCCAGCCGGCUGUGUGUUUGAAAAAUCUUGCUCGUUUUGUUAAAGAUAAAUCAAAGACAAUAAAUUUGUAAAUACUGAUUGUAUCUUUGAUUAAUAAGAUAUAACAGCCUAUUAAUAAGGCACGUUAGUCACUUGUUACAUAAAGAUUUUGAACGAAUUUAAUAAAUUAAGCAUACGCGUUUUGAGUUAAGGUUAGUCAUUUAACUUUUAAAUUUUUUACGCCUGCAUUCAGAAUGGAUUCACCCGUGUCUGCAUUUGCUAUGUAUAAGAAUACAAAACAGUCUACACCAAGACAUGACAAGAAGAAAAAGAAACGUAAAGUUAAUGAUUCAAACUCGCAGAAAGCGCUAUCUCGUGUUUUACACGAUAAUGGUAAAAAUGUUGCUCAAAAAAUUAAAAACAAACAGAAGAAGACAAAGGAGACAAAAAAUAUAAUCAAGAAGAAAACGCACAAGAAGAAGAAGCUUAAAUCAAAUAAAAGCAAGAUUGUUAAAAACGUAGAUAAUAGCUUAAAAAAAUCAGGUGGUAAUGAUGAGAUCGAUGAAGAGGCGAGUGAUAGUGAAGAAGUGCCCGCACUUAUUCCAGCACCAGCAUCAGCACCGAAGAACGGUGUUAACACAUCUUCACAUGAAGAAGAUGUCUACUCACAUUCCAGCUAUGGUGAUGAGGAAAUUACUCCAGUGUUAACAGACAGCGCUGACGAAGCAUUGAAGGUUUUCAAGUGGAUGACCGCACCAUACAGCUAUAUUGACUUCUUUCGAUGUGUUUGGGAGCGAAAACCCUUACAUAUUGUUAGGAACAAACCUAAGUAUUACAAUGACUUGAUAUCUACACCUCUUAUAGAUAAUAUGCUACGUACUGAGAAUAUACAGUAUACGAAAAAUAUUGAUAUCACAUCAUAUGUUGAUGGGAAAAGAGAAACACAUAACCCUGUAGGAAGAGCUCUCCCCCACACUGUUUGGGACUUCUAUCUACAAGGCUGCAGUAUUCGACUGCUAAACCCACAAACAUACAUGUCAAAAUUACAUUUAUUGAAUGCUACAUUGCAAGAACAUUUUGUUUCUUUUGUUGGUGCUAAUGCUUACCUAACUCCUCCGGACAGUCAGGGCUUUGCACCACAUUAUGAUGACAUUGAAGCAUUCAUAUUGCAGGCAGAAGGAAAAAAACAUUGGCGUAUAUACCGACCUCUUCAUAAAACUGAAUCGUUGCCAAGAGUGUCUUCGAAGAACUUUUCAGAAGAGGAAAUAGGACACCCAGUAAUGGAGGUAACAUUACAAGCUGGAGACAUGUUGUAUUUCCCUCGGGGAUUCAUUCACCAAGGAGUUACAAUUGAUGGGGAGCAUUCUCUCCAUGUCACCAUUAGCAUGUAUCAGAAACAAUCAUGGGCGGAUUUGUUUGAAAGAAUGCUCCCAGCUGCAUUAGAAGUUGCAAUCAAUGAAGAGUCAGUUUUCCGUCAAGGCCUGCCAUUUGAUAUUUAUGAAAAUUUUGGCCUAGUAUACUCUGAUGUGACAACACCAAGAAGAGUAGAAAUGGAGGAAUAUAUGAAGAACCUUUUCCAUAAAGUAAAGAGUUACUUAUCUAUGGAUGGAGCUGUUGAUCAAAUAUGCAAAAGAUUCCAACAUGAUGCUCUACCUCCAGUUCUGAGUGAUGCGGAGAAAGCAUGCACUGUUUAUGCCGACACAGAUGUGAUGGCUGAGAAUGGAAAAGUCAUAAAUAGAGUUGAAAUGAAUCUUGACACGAAAGUGAGAUUACUAAGAAAGAAUAUAUUACGUAUGGUAUCUGAAGAUACUAUAAAAAUAUAUUAUUAUACCGAAAACUCAUUAGAGUAUCAUGGACAUGAACUAUCGUUCUUGGAAAUUGAUGAGGAAUUGGCUCCAGCGGUGGAGACUUUAAUUACAACAUACCCAGAGUAUGUUUCUAUUGAAAAUCUUGAUGUGCCAAAUGAAUCUGAUAAAAUGCAAAUUGUUGAUGCAUUAUGGGCAAGGGGAUUAUUAAUGACUGAAUAUCCUUUAGAUGUUGUUUUUGAUUAAAUUACAUUAGGCAAUAAUUUUAUAUAGUCUAACCAGUCAUAAUCAGCACAUCUUAGGUGAAGCACAAAUGAUAAUCCAAAGGUUUCCAGCUGUGAAAUAAGCCUUUGUGUAAAACUUAUCUAGUGGUAUAAGCAAAUAGAAUUGUGUGUCGUUUAUCUCUAAAAAUCUUUUGUGCUUGUAAGUUUUUGAAAUACAUUAUAUAGUCUGUAUGGAUCCUUUGAAUGUAAUGCCUCCGACAUACAUUUUCAAUUAUUAAAAUAAGUACCUAAAGAUUUCUGAAGAUUAUACUUUGUGUGAAAAAUCA